GGACGAAUGUUUGUUGUUUUCUUUUCUUAGCUGUUUUUCUUGGAUUUGAUUUUAUUUUUAUUUUGACUUUGUGAAGUCUUUGGACUGAGGCUCAAUCCCAAUAAUCGUAAUUUGUGCAUGCCGUCCCGUCAGGCACCGUUUCUAGUCAACUGGAUGUGGCUUGUGGCUGAGUUGGAUUUAUUGGUUCUUGGUAAUGAGAAGGGAGAGGGAGGGUGCACCAUCAUAAUCAAGGGAUCGCGAUGGCUGAUCGAUGACGGGCCCUGGUGCCUGCAGAGAAGAAGAAAGAAGGAAACUGUACGGAGACUGUACUGUACAAGCCACAGCGCAGAAAAAGUCAAUGGAGACCUAACAAAUGCGGCGACCAGUCAGCACACUUAGUCGCCCUCCAAACCCGCCUGGCUGAGACACCGGCGUCAAUCGAGGGCCCGCCAAUCAGUCGAUCCGUCGGCAUUCAGGAACACGCUGAAUGACUGUACCGUUCACGUCAUUCUUCCUUUCUUCCUCCAAAUGUCCAAUAC